AAUGCAUCACUGCAUUUCCUCACUGAUUUGCAGCGUAUGCAUGCACUUAGUUCUGGUGAUCAAAAUGAAACUGCGUUUGUGAUUGUUAUCAGAUAAACUCCGCUUUGUUAAUAUAAGAUGUGUGUUUUGUUUUAAUUAAUUUGCACACCAUAUAUUAUAAUAUAUCCUGUGCAUAGUGUAAAUAAAUAAAUAUAUUAUAUUAAAAAAAAUACUCCCAAGCUUCUGAAAUAUCUGAUCAGUUCCAGUAAACUGUAGCCUAAUAAUAUGAUCAAUGAUUAAUCUAAGCUAUCCCGAUUUUCCAAAAGCGAUCAACUUUAAAAUAAAUCUUAAAACGGCAAAACAAAGCAUUUCUGAAGGCAAACCGAUGCACACUGGGUCGAAGAUCAAUCAUUAUCACUCAUGUCACAAUUGAGGGCUGUUCAAGCUGUGAGGUUUCAGAAUCAAAGGACCAGGACCUGCGUGUUGUCUUUCAAAUGAUGUGUGCCCCUUGGAUAAAAGUUAUAGAGAGUUCAGCGAAGGUUGGAAUAAAAUUGACUAUUAACAGUGCAAGACUGCAGAACGUUCAAGUACCACGCGAAAAAAAAAAAAAGAUCGUUGCACACUCUAACACGUGGAACAGCUCAUUAAUGCAGGUCCAAUAACAUUACAGAAAUUUUCCCAUCGUUAAAUAGCCUACAUUUGUUUACUGCUUGUCAGAACAACUACCUAGCUGCUCUCUGAGCGUAAAUAAACUCUACAAGUGAGAAAAUAAUUAGCUGCAUGCAGCAUAAAUUAAACGCUUAUUAAAGUUAACAAUUGUAUAUUUGUAUACAUAUUUGUAGCAUUUAUAUGCAUUUAUAUUUUCCGCUGAAAAUAUUUAUUUAACAUUUUUAUAAUAAAUAAAUAAAAAAAAACAGUGUGUUGCUUAAAUAUUUGCAGACAUUCAGGCCUAUAAACAUUGUGUUUGACCGUUUGUUUGACAAAGCAGUUGCAGCAGGAGCCACAGUAAGAAGGAGCUGCACUAGGACUCAACGCUGAAGGUUUCACAGGAGACCGAGUGCUCUUAAUCAACAGGACGACGACUCACUUCUAGGAAAGGUGGCCUAUAGAGUGACUUACACUCCCUUGAAAAUCUUUAUGAACUAGAGUCGAUUUAUGUUACCGCCCCUUGCGAAUGAGUGAGGUGGGAUCGUGGACAUUCUGACAAAAACCGAUGCUGAAUUUAGUACUAAAUGAGCUGUGGUGAUUAACACGAACCACUAACACCACUAAGCCUAUAUAGCCGUCUAUGCACGCCAUAAUCAGAUAACCGCGGAUGCAAUACAGCAUAAUAUAACAAUUCAUUAUCAAGAGCAAUACUUGAAAAUCACCGCAUGGAGGGUUUAAUUGACCUAAACUAUUUUAUGUCAUAAACUUAUUUCAACCAAUAUAUCAGUAGACCUAAUCAAUUAAUAGGAGGACAAAUAGAAAUCCUGAAAUAGCACUUUCAACAAAAGCGUGUAUAAAUCGUAUGAUGCACAGUAAAGUUCAAACCCAUGGCGCUGUCUUGUUCGUUGUUGUUGUUUUUUUUAUUAUAGGCGAGAUGUGAAGGGUGGUAGUAGGGUCAGGUCAUUUGCAUUCAAAUGCUGGAUUGAUUGAAACUGCACAAUUUCAUGAAUAAUCUAUUUAUCUUUAUUGUAGCUACCAUAUAACAUUGGCAGCAAAACAUCGAUCGCCUUUCGAGUUUUAAGAACCACCUGAAAAGCAAGGACUUAUAAGUCUUCCCGGUACCAUUAAAAAAAACAUUCAUGUACAGAAUCACUUCGUAUUCGAACACAAUGGGAAUUUCAAAUACUGUAUCAGGAGUGCUUGUUUCACAACAUGUUUGUAAGUUUUUACUAAGAGUUUCGAAAAAUAUUGUGCAUGCAUUUAAGAUUAGCAGAAGGAUUUUGUCAAAUGAUAUAUGCCUGAAAAACAAAACUAAAAAACAACAACAACGGUAUUGUAGUUAAAAUGACUUUUCUGUUCAUUCUCUUUCCUCACCAUUGUAAAACGGCAUAUGUCUGUACACUGACACAAACGGGGGAGGGGGAAGUCUUUGCUUGUGAAGACCAGUUAUUUUCUCUUUCACAUUAGGAAGUGGGAUGGAGGCCUGCCUGAUCUGUGAGAGAGAAAAAAAAUGGACCGCAAAAAGUAUGAAUAAUAGCCUAUCUUUCUAACUCACACUUAUCCAGACCUAAUGUAAAACUGAGUAAUUACGAGGGUAUUAGAACAUGCUGAUUAACGUACAAAUAGCUUUUUUUUGUACACACGUGUUUCUUGCAUUUUUAGCUCCUUCUGCAAUUCGUAUAUCUUGAUCGACAGUUCGUUUCAGGAUUUUAAUAUGUAUUAACUCGCAACUUAGAGAAAAAAAAGCUCUGAAGAUUUCUUAAAGCAUGACAUUUUUAAUUGUAUUAUUCUGCACAUGCUGUUACCUUAAAGAGCGUGCCCGCAGAUAUCACAUGCACAAAAUGACAAAAAGCAUUAACUGUAUUUAAUGUAUAUUGUUAUUCAUGUUUAUUACAUAUGCAAAUCAAUAUCAAAGAAAUAAAACACUAUACACACAGUGGUUGGUUCACGUCUCUCUUUUUUCCCCUUCUCCUGAAUUCAAACGAGUUUUAGGAAUGGUAAAAUGCAAACAUCGAUAUUUUCAUUCUGCUUUUAGCUUUCCACUUAAUAUUUGCUUCAAUUUCCUCGUUUUUUUUCUGUUUGAGUUAAAAUGCGUAUCUCCCUGAAAUAGAUGCAUUCCAUUUUGCAGAGUGUAUAAAGAUAGCUUUAAAAUGAUAAAAAAUUAAACAUAACGGCAUUGUUUUAAUUUAUAAAAUAAAUCAUGUAAAUAGCUGCACAUCAUAUAUAUCCUGCCUACUGUCAGCAUUAAUAAUUUUUCACAACCAGGACAACACAAAGUUGUAACAAGACUCCGACAAAAUGACUAAUAUUAAUUUCUAAGCAUGAAUUUAUCACUAGCGAAUUAUUUGCUCUAAGAGAGGUGGGAUUACAACGGUAUGGUAAUUAGCCAGGGGGAUGGGGGUGGCCAUGGGUGGAAUAUCCAUUUUUAUUGCAUCACCUGUCAGUAACGUCCAAUCAGCGUCGGCUUUGGGGGCAUUAAUUGAUGAAGGUGUCUCCGGCCUUGCUCAGUUCCCACUGUCAUUUUAUUUGUGACUAAACCAGCAACGGGAAUAGCAGCUGCAUUUUUGGGCUCUAUUUCUCUCUCUCUCUCUCUCUCUCCCUCCCUCUCUCUCUCUGUCGCUCACUCCCUCUCUUUUUCCCUUCCCUACUCUCCUCGCUUUUUAUCCUUCUCACUGGCAGUGCUGUUCACCUUCCUCUUUUCCUCAUGGCCAAAUGGGAAGGGAGCUGAGGGAGCGCAGGUAUACAGGAGCUCAGACAGGCAGCAGCCGGCCUGUCGGCAACAUCACACACAUUCCAUCGAUCAUGCAGUGCUCAGGUCAAUGGACUGAUUGUUUUCAUUCAAACAGGCCAUUUCAUUUUUAUUUUUCUAUUUAAAACUUUUUGUUCACCACGCAGUGUGGACAUGUCUAAGCCCAUGCUGGACCGGUCAGCAGAAUGCCUUGAAAUAAAGCAGCAGCAGUAAAGCUACUUUAAGGACAUCCGUCGCUCUAAAUGUUGGAAUUAAUGCAAUGAAGAAAAUGGGGGACUUGGAAUCCGGUUUUGAGGAAAUGCAGGGUGUAAAGCUUGGCUAUUUGGUUAUCAAAGGCAAACAAAUGUUUGCCCUUUCUCAAGUCUUCACCGACCUCUUGAAAAAUAUUCCUCGGACUACUGUACACAAACGAAUGGACCAUUUAAACGUGAAGAAGCAUCACUGUGAUUUGAAGGAACUGCGAAAGCUCAAAGCAAUAAAUUCUAUAGCUUUCCAUGCAGCAAAAUGCACUCUGAUUUCAAGAGAGGACGUGGAGGCACUGUAUUUUUCCUGCAAAACUGAGCGCGUAUUGAAAUCAAACAAAAGAAGGGAAAAGACAAAAAAUUCCUCAGAAAAAAUGUGCGACGGCAAAAAUCGCACGUCUGCCAGAAGUGACUUUUGGACAGAGAAAGUUUGGUUGAGUCUGCAUGGGGUUCCUCAGACUUUCUCAUUCAAAAAUAAAGCUGUCCGGCAGGACCCUGUCCCUCGCACUCACUCAAAUCUACCUCAAAUUUACAGUAAAUCCUUCGCUCGUGACUUCCAACCGGUCACGAAGUCGGCAUCGACACCCUUUAAAAACUAUAAAACAGAUCAAAUACCUGACAACUGUGUGGCUUUUAAUCAGAAACAUACGCUUUUUCGGCACGUUGUGACUCGGCAGCCGCUGCUCUAUCAGUCCGCCAUUGCAGCGCAGGCAAAGCACCAAGGCAACGCAGACCUACUUUACAAAAGGAAGAGGAAGCGCGAGAGCAGCGCGAGGCAGUUCUGGUCGAGGAGCAGACGAAGCCAUCCGGUUUUGGUCGUCCCAAAGUGCUGUAAACCAAAAGUUCCCCACGGAUCUUUAAGCCAGUUUCACCACCUCGAGCAUGGAUUAUACGUCGAUCCUCGGCACACCGGACAUUUUCAGGAAAGCUGCAGCAGCGACACGGAAUCUAGUUCCGUCUCAGAACGGGUGAACAACGAUUCGGAUUUCGGCUCGAGUUUCUCAACCACCAGCAACUCCGGGACUUCAGAUGAGGAGGAGGAUGACGACUCUCUCUCGGAUUCUUCAGAUGUCAGCAGCGAUGAAGAGAGCUCCUCUCAGUCUGAUUCGAGCUCUGUGUCCAGUCAAGUUUCAGUGCAGAGCAUUCGUUUCAGGCGUGCGAGGUUCUCCAGUCUGAACACAAAAGCACCUCUGCUCUUACAGCCAACUUUUCACUACAGGCCUAAUGUGCAGAACAUCCCCACUAACCAAGGAGUAACGUUUACUUUGGAUUGCCAACGAACUGGCAAAACUCAAAAAUCGGACUUCACGUUGUCCAGGGACGCACACAGGGAUGGUGAUGCCGCAAACGUGCAGAAGUUCUGCCCGGUGCGGACCUGUUUCCCAGAUUUAAGACAAAACGAGGGCUCUGAAGCAACAUCACGCCUUGAAUUUCCCAAAGAUCCAAAGACAACAGACUCUGUCGCUAACAGAAUUAAAGAGACUGGGCUUAAACCUAAUGCAAAUGGAAACAAGGCGUUUCCCCAACAAAGAAUACCGGGUUCUGCAAACAAAUGCUCCCAAGCCUUGAUCUCCCACUGUGUUCCGGACAAAGAAAUAACGGUUUGUAAGUCUUCUGACAGCAAUCUUUCAUUAGCAGCAAAUUCCAAGAGGGAAGCGAAAACUUCCCUGAAACUGCCUUCACCUCUAAAACCGAUCAAAACAGAGACCGAUGAGCCCGUUAGUACCUCAGGCUUUAACAAUGAGGCCAACAGGGCAGUAAAAACGCCACAAUUUCUACUCAACAACGUGAAGAUUAAAGUCGAGGACACCUUUGACGAAUAUGAAUAUGCAAAUCAGCCUCUGGAAUAUCAAUGUAGGGAUCAAGACGCUGAUGGUAAGCGCAUCGGUAACGAUUUAAAGGAAGCUGACCACUGCAAAGCCACAGAGAGCUUUGUUCAAAAACACCCUGCCUGUAACGAGGAAUCAAGAAGCACUUUAAACACUCCUUGUUCCGAGGAAGGGGAGUCCAAGAAUGGUGCAAGGGUCAGGAAAAACUACAGGGCGAUGCUUUUGGGUACAAAAACCGAAAGUGUGAGGACAUCCGCGAAAUCAGUUGCAAAAGUUGACCGGAGCCCCCGUUUUGCAGGAAAAUUCGCUAGCAGUGAGGGAUCGAAUGAAGACUGUGCGGGCGCGAGCAAACGCAAACGAGCAAGCGCCAGUGUAGCAUCUCUGAAAAAGCCCUUCAGACUGAUGGCGAAUUUCCCCUCUCCUCCGUCUCUUGUUAUUGGCAGCGAUGGAGAUUUGAGUCCCGCUUACUCUUUGAACUCUUUAAGAAGUAACCAACUGCCUCAUCGUUCUCACCCAGUGUGGAGAUGGCAGCUCGGUCAUUCAGUUGUUCCUCCCCCUCCAAGCCACAAAUUCAGGAAAGCCUCUGUUAUCCCGUGAACUGUUGUUUUGAGCUCGGGGGGAAAUGUCUUAAAACUGUGACAAGCACUGAUUCCCGUUAGUUUUGUUUUCAUUGUGGUGUUGUUUUCAGUGCAUAGGUUGCUGGCCUGUUGUUAUGUAGCACACAUCGUCCUCAUAUAGCACAGGCUGGCCUGGGACUCGGGAAUAUACGGAGGUAUUUAUAAUAAGCUGGUCUAGUUAAAAAAGAAGAAGAAGAAGAAGAAGACGUUUUCAAAAUGACAUUGACAUCGUGGAGCUGUUUUUGACCUGAUGGACUGGACUCUCAUGGAGCAAAUUUUGCCUCAUUUUGCAGGCAGGGACAGGGUUAACCAUCUCUCAAAAGGAUGGCGUUAUAGUGAUUGUCAGGUCUGUCAACUUAAAUGUUGAUUUUGUUUUUAAAACAACUGACUUUGGCGGUAUAUUUUGGGCCAAUGUUUUGUAUUUUCCCUUGAUGAUUCAUCCACAUACUGUAUUUUUGAAUUACUGUAGGCCGUUGAUCCAUACCUUAUUUAUUCAUUUGAUGGGUGCUCUCCAAUUGUUGGCGCUUGGCUGUGUUCACUCACACGCAGCGCACCAUAACAUAACGGUAGGCCAAACACAAUGGCCCUCGAACUGACAAUCAAGAGCUGUUUGAUUUGCACGAUGUAAUAGAGGGAAAACACCAAAUCAAACUCCUUCUUUAGCACAUUGAUAGCUUAAGGUAUAGAACAGGUAAAGCACAAAUUUACCAUGCAUUGCACUUUGCUAAUGCCCAUUAGGGUGAAUUAGUGACGUGUGUUUUGAUUUUUCGAUUUUCUUACGCAAAAGAGCCAUCGCAAGUUAACCCAAAAAACUUUUUUAAAUAAGUAAUUAAUAAUGUGGUGCUAUUUCCAAUAUGCUCUAUUGCUUUUGAGAGGAGGUUUUGCUAGUCUUCUUAUUGUAAAUGUUGCCGAUUUCAAUGGAGCGACCUACAAACACACAGACAACUGCAUACAUCAGUGUUUUUACAAACGUGACGAAAUCAAAGGAAAAAAAAGACCUCGGUGCUAAGUGGAAUACACACACAUUCUGGUCAGGGUAUGCUUAGUAAAUGUUUAUUUCUCUUUGACUCAAGUAGCCUUGUCCUUCUCGUAUGGUGUUUUGAUUGUAUUUUCUUUUGCUAGGCCUAUUUUCCAAGGAUAUGGAUUACCUUGGCACUCGAAAACGUAACCUUAAAAACAUGCAAGUGUUAACUUGGUGUUCCACUAGAGUACCCUGCCCCAUAUAAAUGCCUUGUGAUGAAUGUACUGUGACUUACCGUAUUUGUUUACUUCAGCAAAAGCAGACUGCCUCAAAACAGGCCUUUAAAAGCAAAUUGUAUCUGUGAUGGGAUCAGCCAAUGAGAUAAAUUCUUACUUUUUUUUUAUUAUAUUGCCAAGGGACGAAACUAUUCAACUGCAUUCUAAUUUCCUAAACAAAACAAAUACAAAGCCUAUGAGUUAUCACUAAAUGGACAUAGACUAUGCAGCUUUGGCUAAAGCGAGGCUACCGGGUUCAAGUCAUUCUGAGAAAAACACGUAAUAGACUUUAAAGGGUGUUUAACGUAUUAAGGCAUGGGUACAUUACAUGUACUGUUUUGAUUAAGUGGGGAUUGACACUAUGUAGCCUAUUAAGUGAAACUGCAUCGCUUUGUGAAUGUUCCAGUAUGCGAUAUAGUGUGACACUCUGACAGGUGAAUGAUUAAAAUAUAGUAGUUCUAUAUUUUUGUAACGCGACUAUUUAAUGUCUGCUCUCUCGGGCGUAUAAAAUAAACUUUUUCGUCCGUUCUGUGUCAAAGUGCACUGCGGACGGACAGAAUAGCUAUGUCGUCCCAACUUCAGAGGAACGAAUUCAAAACUAUCCAAAUGAAAAAGAUUGUAGCGCACACAUCACAACCCCAUUAAGUUAAAGAAAUGCAUGAUCUCCACAAUGAACAGAAAUGGAAAAAUGGGCGGUGCCUCACUGUAAACAUGGUAGGUUAGGAAUUAUCUGGUCAAGGUGGACUUUUUUAUCUUUCUGAUUUUGCUACAAUACUUGAGGUCAGAUUUUGACAUGAGUUUUUUUUUUCUUAAAUUGAAGUCACUGGUUGUUUAUACAAAUGCAUAUUUAUUUUUGUGAUUUUCCUGGUUUUUGUAUACUAUUGUUGUGUAGGAUAAAUGCACUCGAAAUGAAAACUUGAAAACGUGAGGUGGAUUUUGAAGCACUUUCUUUUUCUUUUUAUGGUGAAACUGUUCAUUAAAUACAUCUGAGUGUGAUGUGA